GGCGGGCCCUGACUGCAUUCGCCUUGUAAUGUAUUCCCGUGAUCGCAUCGCCAUCUUGUUGCAAUCCCUCUUUUACGUGUGAGAAAGCAUUUAUCCAAGGAAUAUAUUUUUACUCAUUUUCUUUCCGGUGAGAGGAAGAAAGGAAUAAACAAAGUGCGCGUUCGUGUCUGCUGCGUUCCAGACAGUGCUCCCCGGCGGAUCUCGGCUGUGCCUUUUUUCUUCUGUCCUGGGCGAUCGGGUAGCCUACGGUGAGGGGCGCACGAUGAGCAUCGAUACUCUUCUGGAAGCGGCCAGAUAUCUGGAAUGGCAAGCCCAGCAACAACAGAUCACACAUGAGGAGGAGCGUUGCAGAGAGAAGGCGGAGCUUCACAGCCGGGAGGCAGAGUCCAGACGAGCAGAGGUUGUGACCUGUGCGGACCAGCCAAUCAGAUUCAACCAUGUCACCUGGGGGCCAUCACAGCAUUGGCCUGAGUCAUCACAACAUUGUCAGCACCAGCACCUCUCUCCCUCCACUCACCCUCUUCCCCUCUCCCUCCCUCCUCCCCCCAUCUCCAUCGCUGUCAUCCCCAUGGUACCCGUUGUCACAGCUACGCCCUCUGUACCGCCCCUUCCCGUCAUCACGACGAUCGCUGCUGCGGCAACCUCGCUCCACCUCGGAGGCACCCAGGUGAUGAAGGGAGGCUCCUCCCCUACUCAGCAGCAGCCAAUCCAGCGCCAGCUGGCAGCCCAGGUGAAGGCGGAGCCUAACUCGAUGACACCACAGACGGGCGGAAGCCCUAGCCAAUCCCAACCUCCAAUUCAGAUUCCGUACCCAACCUCCAUCAUCACCAAAGCCGCUUCCCAACAUGCACUACUUCCACAGCAAGCCAUUCCCAUGCAGCCACGCCCAAACGGAACCAUCAUGGAUGACCUGAGAGGGUUGGACGGGAAGAGACGACCUGGAGGAGCUGGAACCAGAGAGGUGCACAACAAACUGGAGAAGAACAGAAGAGCUCACUUGAAGGAUUGUUUUGAUACACUGAAGAAGAACGUUCCAAACGUUGAUGAGAAGAAGACCUCCAACCUCAGUGUUCUACGCAGUGCCCUGCGAUACAUACAGACUCUGAAGCGAAAGGAGAAGGAGUAUGAACACGAGAUGGAGCGUCUGGCGAGAGACAAGAUCUCCACGCAGCAGAGACUGGCUGAGCUGAAGAACGAGCUGAGUCAGUGUAUGGACGUUAUGGAGAUAGACAAGGUUCUCAGACAGACCGUACAACCAGAGGACGACCAGGCUUCUACUUCUACUGCCUCAGAAGGAGAAGACAACUUUGACCAGGACAUUGAUGAAGACCUCUCCCCUCCUCCUCCACCCUUCUCCCUCCCCAUUAUACAGGCCAAAUCAUUCCUCACUCCUCACCUCUCCAUCACACACAAGACCCUUUCCUCUGGGGUUCUGACCAGCCCCUCCCUCUUGGCCCCCCCUCCUCACCCCCAAGCCAUCGCCCCCGCCCCCCCACCUCACCCCCAUCCGACCGUCCAAGUGUCACCCAAAGUCAUCACCCACCCUUCCGUCAUCCAGGCUGUCAAUCACGUCCUCCCGGCUAAUCACAAACACCUUACGCACAUCGCUCCCUCUCCCAGUCCUGCCUCCUCCAUCUCGCAGCCAAUCACAGCAGCCGCCGCCGCUGCCCACCAGACAAUCACGGCCCAGCCCAUCGGACACAUCACCGUCCACCCUGUGGCCCACCUGGGGGGUCCCCUGCCCCCCCACAUGUACCCUCAGGGAUUGACGGUCUCCCAGCCCACGGUGUUGGGGCAUAUCACCCACACCUUCACCCACCACACCCUUCCCCACGUCCAGGCUAGCCAUGCUACCGCUAACGUGCCCCAGGUCAAUGGGGCGGCUGUGCCUGGCCAGUGUGGCUCGUCCCUGGGGAAGCCCACAACCAUGCUGGCCCACCACCACCACCACCACCAUCACCACCCACAGCUGGUGGGACAAACCACCGUCCUCAACCCAGUCACCAUGGUGACUGUACCACCCUUCCCUGUUAGCACACUCAAACUGGCCUGAGAGACAGGACAGGCAGGGGAGAGAGUGAGAGGGCACGAGAGACAGAGGGAGGGAGGGAGAGGGUGACGGAGGGAGGGA